AUGAGGGACGACUCAAGUUCAGACCCUUCGCCUGAGAUGUCUGAAAAGGAUGCGGUGAAUAAUUCGCCACCACUUUCCACUAUCAAAGGCCAUAGCGACUCAGAAAAGGAUUCGUUGUCUAAGAAAGCUACCAGUAUAGAGAAGUAUACUAUCGAAGAUUUAUACCAUGCUUAUCACAACCCCCCAAAUUGGAAAGCCAAAUGGAUGUUAAGAUUCUAUAAAUCAGGGUGGGCUCUGAUGCCUACAUAUCUCCAAGAUAUCUAUAAUAAAGUUCCUAGAUAUGUUUAUGUGAACUUCGAUGUACCAGAAAUUUACAAAGACCCUCAAGGAGGUCAUCUUCUCAUCAAUUACCCCCGAAAUAAGAUUAGAACUACAAAAUAUACCCCCAUGUCAUUCCUUCCCAAGAACUUGAUGUUUCAGUUCUCAAACGUAGCUAAUGUUUAUUUCCUCAUGCUUAUUAUUUUGGGUGCAUUUUCAAUCUUUGGUGUUGAUAGUCCAGGAUUGGCCGCAGUGCCUCUUAUAGUCAUUGUCUGUAUCACGGCCCUUAAAGAUAUCAUUGAAGAUUAUCAAAGAGGUAAUAGUGAUUCAGAAUUGAAUAAUUACCCUGUUCAUUUGUUGGUGGGGAUGCAUAAUCCUAAUGUGGAAGCAGACUAUGUAAAUACCUGGAGAAGAUUUAAGAAAGGAUGUACCAGAGCAACCAAUGCUACUUUCAGAGGACUCUAUAAAGCAAGCUUAUAUGUUUUUGGAUCAAAGAAAGCUAAAGUCGAAUACGUUAGAGAACAGCAUCAAUUAGAAGCAAAUGAAUUAAGAAGAGUAUCUACAGUUCACUCAGAAUAUACCUAUAAUUCUGGUGAAUAUGAGAAUCCAGGUUCUGCUCCUCGUUUAAGUUUGGGAAGCUAUAGAAGAAAAUCAACUCAGGGUCGCAGAUCAAAGGAGAGACUUCCCUUUUCACAACCACACCCAAACUCAAUACUUAAUCCCCAAGUUAUUGCGUCGGAAUCUGGUGGCUACUCUGUAUUCAAAAGUAGAAAUUGGAAGAAUAUCAACGUAGGGGAUUUCAUUAGAAUAAGAGCAAACGAGGAAGUACCAGCUGAUGUUAUUUUACUUCUGACAUCAGAACCAGAAGGCAAUUGCCACAUUGAAACCAAAAAUUUGGAUGGGGAAACAAAUUUGAAGUCAAAAUCGGUUUUGCAAUGUGGUGGGGCAACUAACUUGAAGCAUUCCCGUGAUUUGGGAAAUACAAAGUUUUGGAUUGAAUGUGAUGCUCCUAAUAAAUCUUUAUACGCUUUCAAAGGAACUAUUCAUUAUGAAAACUAUGAUUCGAAAGGAACUUUAAUUAACCCUGAUGAAAAGGAAGCCAUUACCAAUAACAAUGUGUUAUUAAGAGGAAGUACUUUGCGAAAUACCAAGUGGGUUAUUGGUGUUGUUGUAUACACUGGUGCUGAAACAAAGAUUAUGUUAAAUUCUGGAAUAACACCCACCAAGGCGUCUAAAAUUUCAAGAGAAUUGAAUAUUUCAGUGUUUAUCAAUUUUGCUCUCUUAUUCGUCAUGUGUUUUGCUUCCGGUUUAAUUAAUGGGUUAUAUUAUAAUGAGAAGCAUGUUUCCCGAAUAUACUUUGAUUUUAAGCCUUAUGCAUCAACAUCUGCAGCAAAUGGUAUUAUUGCGUUCUUUGUGGCCUUAAUUAUUUAUCAAUCUUUGGUUCCAAUUUCCCUUUAUGUUUCCAUUGAAAUUAUUAAGACUCUUCAGGCCUUUUUCAUCUUUUCCGAUUUAAAGAUGUACUAUGAGAAGUUGAAUUUCCCAUGUAUACCUAAAGCUUGGAAUAUCUCUGAUGACUUGGGGCAAAUUGAAUAUAUUUUCAGUGACAAAACAGGAACCUUAACACAAAACGUUAUGGAGUUCAAAAAAUGCACUAUAGCCGGAAAACUGUACGGGUUAGCGUAUACUGAGGCUAAACAAGGAUUAGAUAAACGUAUGGGUAAGGAUGUCAUUGAGGAACUGAAGAAGUGGAGUUUAAAAAUGGCCGAAGAUAAAUCCCAAAUGAUUGAAAACUUGAAGUUAUAUUCCCAUAACGAUCAAUUGGUACCAGAAAAGAUUACUUUCCUUUCAAAUGAAUUUGUCAAGGAUACUAUUCUGGAACCAAAAGAUAAGAAACGGAAGUUUGAAAAUGAACGGUUCAUGUUAGCUUUAGCUCUUUGUCAUACUGUUGUCACGGAAGAAGAUCCCGAGAACCCUCAUUUAAGACAGUUUAAAGCCGAAUCUCCAGAUGAAGCAGCAUUGGUUUCAGCAGCUCAUGAUAUAGGGAUAGUCUUUACUCAAAGAAUGAGAAAAUCACUUAUCUUGACAGUCUAUGGUGAAAAAAGAGAGUAUGAAUUAUUAAGUAUAAUUCAAUUCACAAGUGCUAGAAAGAAAAUGUCUUGUAUCGUGAAGACUCCUGAAAAUAAGAUUUUGUUGAUUUGUAAAGGUGCUGAUAGUGCAAUCUUUCUGAUAUUGGAUCCUAGAUUGAAUAAUCAAGAUACAUUAUCUAAAACUGCUUUACAUUUGGAAGAUUAUGCUCAAGAGGGUUUAAGAACAUUGUGUAUUGCUCAAAAGGAAAUGGAUUUGGCAACUUAUGAGAACUGGAAUGCAAGAUAUAAGGAAGCUGAAUCACUGAUUGACGAUUCUCGUGAUGAGAUUUUGGCCAAUUUAGAAGCAGAAAUUGAACAAGGUUUAAUUUUAUUAGGAGGAACUGCCAUUGAGGAUCGUUUACAAGAUGGUGUUCCAGAUUCAAUCUCCAUCUUGGGUAAAGCAGGAAUUAAGCUAUGGGUUCUUACUGGUGAUAGAGUUGAAACGGCUAUCAACAUUGGAUUCUCAUGUAACUUAUUGGAAAGCAAUAUGAAAUUAUUGGUAGUGAGACCAGAAGACGAUAAUCCCGAUAAUUUUGAGUAUAUUGAUCAUAUGCUAACUACCCAAUUGAAGGAUAACUUUGGAAUUAAUGCUUCAGAUAGCGCCACAAUCGAAGCACUUAUUGAAGAAGCUAGAGAAGAUCAUUCAACUCCAACAUCUAAUCACGCUUUGAUUAUUGACGGUGCAGCAUUAACCUUAAUUUUUGACACUGAACAUGAACACAGUCAGGAUAUUCAAUCCAAGUUUUUGUUACUUGGUAAACAAUGUAAAUCUGUGUUAUGUUGUCGUGUUUCUCCAGCUCAAAAGGCAUUCGUGGUCAAGAUGGUUAAGAAUUCUUUGAAGGUCAUGACAUUAGCUAUUGGUGACGGUGCAAAUGAUGUUGCCAUGAUUCAAGCUGCUAAUGUUGGUGUUGGUAUUGCUGGUGAAGAAGGUCGUCAAGCUGUCAUGUCUUCUGACUAUGCUAUUGGCCAAUUCAGAUAUUUGACAAGACUACUUUUAGUUCAUGGAAGAUGGUCUUACAAAAGAUUGGCAGAAAUGGUUCCAUGUUUCUUUUACAAGAAUGUGGUGUUCACGUUAACGUGUAUGUGGUAUGGUAUUUACAACAACUUUGAUGGAUCCUAUUUGUAUGAGUACACUUUUUUGAUGUUUUAUAAUUUGGCCUUUACUUCAUUGCCGGUUAUAUUUUUAGCUGUGUUGGAUCAAGACGUUUCAGACUCUGUUUCCCUUCUUGUUCCUCAAUUAUAUCGUUCAGGUAUCUUGGGAGAAGAAUGGACUCAAUAUAAGUUUGUUUGGUACAUGUUUGAUGGGCUUUAUCAAUCAGUUGUGGCUUUUUGGUUCCCUUAUCUUGUGUUUUACAGAUCAUUUCCUAAUCCCCAAGGUUUACCAAUAGACCACAGAUUUUGGGUUGGUGUGGUAGCAACUGUUGUUUCAGUCACCAGUUGUAAUCUUUAUGUGUUGUUACAACAAUAUAGAUGGGAUUGGUUAACGUUGCUUAUCAACUUUAUUUCAUCUGCUCUUGUGUUCUUCUGGGCUGGGGUAUGGUCAGCCAGUACAACAUCAGGAGAAUUUUAUAAGGCUGCUCCUCAAGUAUUUGGAACAUUAGCAUGUUGGUGUGUUUUCUUUGUGGGCAUUUCUGUUUGUAUCUUACCAAGAUUCACCUAUGACUUUUUGAAGAUCAACUUCUUUCCUCGUGACAUUGAUAUUAUCAGAGAGUUGGUUAAAAAGGGUUAUUAUGAUGACUACCCUCAAGGAUAUGAUCCCACCAAUGCUGAAGACGUUGAAAGACAUAGGUUGGUUGUUGAAUUAACCAAAAGAGAUCCUUCGUUUUUGGAUAAGUUGGAGAAAGAAGUUGAACAUCAAAGAGCAGCAGCAGAACAUGAUGGUGGUGAUGAGCUGCCUAAGUCACAGGAACAACAGCAUCAUCAUAAUAACCCAUUUUCAAAUACUAUUGGCUCUAUCAAAAGAAAGAUAACCAUUACAUCACCUGGUGGUUCUAGAAGAGGAACAGUUUCAGGAAGAUCAAGAAAGAAUACUAUUAGUGAAUCAUUCAGAUACCCCGUGGAUAUCAAUCUUUUGAGAGAACAAAUGAUUCGUCAAGGAGAAUACAAUUCCUCAAGACACUCCAUGGAUAGAGUCAGUACUACUCACGAAGUUCCUGGUUUGACGCAAGCAGAAUCUUUAAUCAGAUUACACACUCGCAACAACGGCAGUUCGUCGUGUCGGGCGUCAUUGCUUUGCUUCGAUCACGAUGUUAAAAUACUUGCUGAUCCUUGUUGGAAUGGACAGAAUGUAAAUGAUCUCAACUUUUUUGAAGACCAUUUGCGAGAGAUUAACUUUAUACUUUUAUCCCAUUCCACACCAGACUUUAUUGGAGCCUACGUGUUACUAUGUAUUCGGUUCCCCAACCUUAUGGCCACUAUCCCUGUGUAUGCUACAUUACCAGUGAAUCAGUUGGGUAGAGUUUCCACCGUUGAACUUUAUCGUGCUAAUGGUCUAUUGGGACCUGUCCAAACAGCGAUGCUUGAAAUUGAUGACGUGGAUCAAUCUUUUGAUAAGGUCCAUACUUUGAAGUAUUUCCAAUCAGUUAGUUUACUAGAGAAUACACUAAAUAUUACUCCCUAUAAUGCAGGUCACUCUUUAGGUGGUGCAUUUUGGUUCAUCACAAAGAGACUGGAAAGAAUCAUUUAUGCUCCUACUUGGAACCAUUCAAAGGAUUCAUUUUUGAACGGUGCCAGCUUCCUUUCUAGUUCAACUGGUAGCCCAUUGUCUCAGCUUAUGAGACCUACGGCUUUGAUCACCUACACUGAUUUAGGUUCAGAUAGCUCGCAUAAACAAAGAACAGACAAAUUUCUAGCGUUGGUCAGUAGCACAUUAUCCAACGGUGGAGCCGUAUUGCUUCCAACGUCUUUAUCUGGUCGGUUUCUUGAAUUGUUGCAUUUGAUAGAUCAACAUUUGGAAAGCUCUCCAAUCCCGGUUUAUUUCGUAUCUUAUAGUGGAACAAAGGUAUUGGUUUAUGCUACAUCAUUGUUGGAGUGGAUGGCUUCGCAAUUGGUGAAGGAAUGGGAAGAAGCUUCAAUGUUUAGUAAUACUUCUACAAAUAGAAACAAUUUCCCUUUUGACCCUUCUAAAGUGGAUCUAUUGGACGAUCCUCUGGAAUUACUUAAUGUCCCUGGCCCUAAGGUUGUCUUCACUGCAGGUGUCGACAUGAAUGCGGGAGAUAUGUCUGCCUCGGUGCUUAAAUACUUGUGUGAAGAUGAAAGAACAACAAUAAUACUAACGGAGAAGUCACAUUUCGGUGGAGGAGGGGCCAAUCUAGGUGCAAAAUUAUACUCUGAAUGGUAUAAAUUGGCAUUGAAAAUAGGAAAUGGUAAGGCAGAAGAAGGAAUAUUGGUGGGUAUUAAGCAAAUCACUUCGCUAGAGAAUUCCUUUUUUGAGGAGCCCUUAACAGGUCAGGAUUUAGAGAAGUUCAAAGAGCAUAUCCAUAAUCACAGAAAGCAAAAAUACUUAGCAAAGGUAAGAGAUAGAAAGAACAAGAGUUUACUUAAUGCUGAUACACUUUCAGACUCUUCAGAUGAUGAUGAUGAUGACGAAGGAGGCAAUUCAACUGAUGAUGAUAUCCCACUGCAAGUAGUAACUGCAAGUGUUUUAACAGCACCUCCUAAUUCAAUGAUUGGUGCAGAUGAUUUCAGAGCUCUUGAAAUUUAUGAUGCUGAACUGAUAAAGCAAACGAUCGAGUCUAACAAGCCAUUGGAUUUGGUGAUUACUCAUAAAAUGAAACCUAAACAGGCAAUGUUUCCAUUUUUCCCCACGACCCAUAAACAAAAGUUUGAUGAUUAUGGUGAAGUUAUUGAUAUAAAAGAUUUCCAAAGAAUUGAAGAUAAUACCAACGGCAAGCUCAUCCAAGAAAGUAAGAAACGAUUUGAGAGACGAUCAGGUCAGGCUAAUGGGAAGCAAGAUAAAGGAGAUUCUGAUGACAAGCAACAACAACAAAAUCAAUUGCAAACUAAGUUAACUCCUCAGGAGGUAUUGAAUAAUCAAUUACUUGAGAAGUUUCUCGAUCCUUUAGCAAACCCUAAACGGAGAAUAAUAUUGGGUAAAGAUAAUAAGCAUCCAGCACAACAAAUCAGCUUUCGAUGUCGAUUGUCAUAUGUUGAUAUGUCCGGAGUAGUAGACAUUAGAUCACUCAUGUUUAUAAUAUCGCUUUUGAAACCCUACAACGUGUUGGUCCUUCCCGAUUUUACCAAAACUGCAGCCUCCCCUCAAGGUAAUGAUGGUUUCAAACUUGUUUUGGAUUCAUUUCAAACCAAUGAUGAGAAAAUGUCUUCUAAUGAGCUUGCUGCUAACACCACGGCAUUGUCACUAAGUAACAUCAGAAGUUCAUUAGCCACCUCUGGAAAAGUAGGUGGUUCAGGAUCAAAAGUUGUAGUCACAGGAGUGGAAGUGAAUGUCCCAGUGAAAAUAGGUGAUGAUAGUGAAGAUGGAGUAUUCAGAUUUAAUAACUUUGAACUUAAAUUGGAUGACAAGAUAUUAGAGAAUUUAGAAUGGCAGACUAUUGAUGGUGAUUAUAGAGUUUCAAAAGUGUAUGGUAUGUUAGAGAUUAGAAAUCCUUUGGCGAAUGAACAACAGCCUUCAACAAAGAAGCACAAACCCAAUGGCAUUUCCAAGUACUUGAACUCAAACACUGAAUUUGCAUUAAAAUAUAUUCCUCAAGAAGAGAUGGAACGUCGUCAUCGGACAUUUUUCAAUGGAGAAGAGUCUGGAAGCUUAAUCACACCCAAAUUAGCUAUCGGGAAUAUUCGUCUUCCAGAGUUGAAGAAGCGGUUGAUUAGUAAAGGAUUAAAAGCAGAAUUUAAAAGUGAAGGUACGUUAGUUGUUAACGAUACAAUAGCUGUGCGGAAAGUAAGCUACAGUGGAAUUGAAGGCGAUGAUACCGGUGACAUUGUGAUUGACGGUACAGGUGGUGUUCUAUAUUAUCAGGUAAGAAAUUGCAUUAAAGAAAUGCUAGCCUAUGUAUUUUAG